CCCCUCCCCUAAGCCAGCAGCAUAAAGGGCUGGCGUGUGCCUCGAGGGCAGCGGGUCACAUGGCUCCACCUCCUCGCCCGGGGAUCCCGGGGGACCUCACUUUGUUCAGGAUGCUGCCGAGCGUACCCAUUGUGGAGGCACAGCCCUCUGCUGCCUCCGGGCUAGGGCUCUGAGAGGAAGAGGAGGAGGAGGAGGAGGAGGACAAGGACGCAGGCAGACGCCGCCGGCCGCACUUGGGCUCAGGGGCUGGGACUGGCGGCCAGGGGGAGCCCCAGAACAAACUUUGUGAGGCGCGAGGGUACAUCCCGGAGGCAGCUCUGAAAGGGAAUUAGGUCCAAAAGUGGAAGAUGGGCAGCUCCCACCGGCAUGCGUAAGCGGACUUGGAGUACAGACCCGAACGGUAUAAAAAGGGCAAGCUCAAGGUAACGAAGCUGAUGAUAACCAAGUACUGUUUUAAGAGCAGCUACUGAAAAAAUGAUGACUGGCUUAAAAUGACAACUGCAUUUGAUGCAUUAGCAAGGUAGAGCUGGAGCAACCUCCUUCCUUUGGCUUCCCUACUGCCUGGUCUGUACUGGGGCAGGGACUGAGAAGCUGCAAGGGCAGUGUGCAGAAAUCAAGGCAGGAGAGACCAACCCUCCUGGAGGCACAACUGGGAGCUGGGAAGCACAGGAACUAAAGAUUUAGAAUCGUAGCCUCGAGCGCCAACUUUGCUGAACAUGAAUGGAACAGCCAACCUGAAUUCAGCUAGCCGCCCCCAUUAUGCCUCAUCUAUCCCUGUUCCUCGAGCCACUUCCCAGACCAAGAUCCAUGCCCUGGCAGCAUCACCCCAACUGCGCCCACGCCAGCAUAGUCUUGUGCCCAGCCCUCAGCGGGCAGCCUCACCAAGACUAGGGAAGGCAGUAGGCAGCCCUAGCAGCUCCUCGCCCAAGAUUCCCAGAGGAAGAGGCUCUGCCAAGAUUUCAGGAGGGCUGAAGGAAUCUUCCUUCCCAGGACAUGAGACAGCAGAGGGCUAUGAAGGACACUCAAGCCAGAGUUUGAGUUCUCCAUGGAGCAGUCCCCGGGUAACUCCCAAAGCACUUACUGGUGGCAAGACUGGACCUAGGAGGACUGAUGAAGCCCAAGUCAUUGGAGGCAAGAAGAAGAGGACACCAGAAGGGAUCAGGGCCUCCCAAGCCCAGAGUAGGAGUCCCUCUCGGAUCAGUCCACAUAGAGACAACCUAACACCAGGAGCUUGUGAGAGUCGGAAAUCUUUGAGCUGUCAGGGGAAAGAUCAAGAGGUGAACUUUAAAGGUUCUGGCAUCUCCAGACCCCUGGGAUCUGAGGAUGAAUUUCAGAAUGAAAUACCUUCAGGGACUUCCUCCUUGGUCAGUAGUCCUGUACAUAGCAAAGUUUCCUCCCCUACCCUGGGGACCAUCAGCUUCUCCUCGGCCUCGCAACAGAACCAUCCUGUCACUGCCACAGUGGCGCCCUUCCAGUACAGGCUGCAAGGAGACCAGGACACGGACUCCCUGCCCCCGGAUGGUUGUACCUUCGAAGACUACCCCAGCCCCUCGGAUGGAUCUGAAGACAAUUUUCCUGGCUUGGACGCCCGGAUCUUCAAUGCGUUCCUGGCGGGCAGGAUGCUGGGCACCUCCCUCAAGAGCCUGCAACCCGAGGUGGAACUGAGCGGCGGCGAGGGCUCCGACGAACUCAGGGGCUUCGGAAAGAAGGCAGGCGAGGGCAAAAGCAUGAUGCCCAAGCGGGCCAAGCCUCCAGGCGGCGGGGUGGCCAAGGCCGGCGCUGGAGAGCUGAAGGUCUUCAAGUCUGGCAGCGUGGACAGUCGGCCCCCGCCGCCGGCCUCCAACCUCCGCAAGCAGAAGUCCCUCACCAACCUCUCCUUCCUGACAGACUCGGAGAAGAAGAUGCAGCUCUACGAGCCUCAGUGGAGCGACGACAUGGCCAAAACGCCCAAGGGCUUCAGCAAAGGGGGGUCCAAGGGCCGGGAGGCGCCCCUCAUGUCCAAAACGCUCUCCAAAUCGGAACAUUCGCUGUUUCAGGCCAAGAUGACCCCUGGCGGGGUAACCAAGCCCCCUUUGGCCCCACUGGCCCCGGGGCUGGGCAAGCCAAGUCGAAUCCCCCGGGGCCCCUAUGCAGAGGUGAAGCCCCUCAGCAAGGCCCCUGAGGCGGGUGUCAGCGAUGACAGCAAGUCUGAUGACGAGCUUCUGUCCAGCAAGGCCAAGGGGCAGAAGGGGGCACCACCACCGGCACCCGCUGGCAAGGGCCAGGAGGAGCGAGCCUUCCUCAAGGUAGAUCCCGAGCUUGUGGUGACUGUGCUGGGCGACCUGGAGCAGCUGCUUUUCAGUCAGAUGUUGGAUCCGGAGUCCCAGAGAAAGAGGACAGUCCAAAAUGUCUUGGACCUUCGACAGAAUCUGGAGGAGACUAUGUCUAGCCUGAGAGGUUCCCAGGUAACUCACAGCUCCCUGGAGAUGACCUGCUAUGACAGUGAUGAUGCCAACCCCCGCAGUGUGUCCAGCCUCUCCAACCGCUCAUCCCCACUCUCUUGGCGCUAUGGCCAAUCGAGCCCCCGCCUGCAGGCGGGCGAUGCACCUUCAGUGGGUGGGAGCUGCCGAUCUGAGGGCCCUCCAGCCUGGUAUAUGCAUGGCGAGCGAGCCCACUAUUCUCACACAAUGCCCAUGCGGAGUCCCAGCAAACUCAGCCACAUCUCCCGCCUUGAGCUAGUUGAGUCUUUGGAUCCUGAUGAGGUUGACCUCAAAUCUGGCUACAUGAGUGACAGUGACCUCAUGGGCAAAACCAUGACAGAAGAUGAUGACAUCACCACAGGCUGGGAUGAGAGCAGCAGUAUCAGCAGUGGGCUCAGCGAUGCCUCGGACAAUCUCAGUUCUGAAGAGUUCAACGCCAGCUCCUCCCUCAAUUCCCUCCCCACCACUCCCACCGCUUCUCGAAGGAACUCAACUGUAGUGUUACGCACAGACUCAGAAAAGCGAUCUCUGGUGGAGAGUGGGCUAAGCUGGUUCAGUGAGUCAGAGGAGAAAGCCCCGAAGAAACUGGAAUACGAUAGUGGUAGCCUUAAGAUGGAGCCUGGGACCUCCAAGUGGAGGCGCGAACGACCAGAGAGCUGUGAUGAGACCUCUAAGGGUGGAGAGCUGAAGAAACCUAUCAGCCUAGGACCCCCAGGGUCCCUCAAGAAGGGCAAGACCCCUCCAGUGGCCGUCACCUCACCUAUCACCCACACAGCCCAGAGUGCCCUCAAAGUAGCAGGAAAACCUGAAGGGAAGGCCACAGACAAGGGCAAACUCUCAGUGAAGAAUACUGGAUUGCAGCGUUCUUCUUCAGAUGCUGGCCGGGACCGCCUUGCAGAUGCUAAGAAGCCCCCCUCAGGCAUUGCCCGACCCUCCACCUCAGGCUCCUUUGGCUAUAAGAAGCCUCCCCCAGCCACAGGCACAGCCACUGUCAUGCAGGCAGGUGGUUCAGCCACCCUAAGUAAGAUCCAGAAGUCAUCGGGCAUCCCAGUCAAGCCAGUGAAUGGGCGUAAGACCAGCCUGGAUGUCUCCAAUACCACUGAGCCUGGAUUCAUGGCUCCUGGGGCCCGUACCAACAUCCAAUACCGCAGUCUGCCCCGACCAGCCAAGUCCAGCUCCAUGAGUGUGACAGGCAGGGGCGGACCGCGUCCCGUGAGCAGCAGCAUUGAUCCUAGUCUCCUCAGUACCAAGCAAGGUGGCCUCUCAACCUCGAGGCUGAAGGAACCUUCCAAGGUUGCUGGGGGUCGGACUACCCCCGCCCCAGUAAACCAGACAGACAGGGAAAAGGAGAAAGCCAAAGCCAAGGCAGUGGCCCUGGACCCCGACAAUGUUUCCUUGAAGAGCAUUGGCUCACCAGAGAGCACCCCUAAGAAUCAAGGGAGCCACCCUCCAGCUACCAAGAUUGCAGAGCUACCACCAACCCCACUCAGAGCCACAUCCAAGAGCUUUGUCAAGCCUCCCUCUUUGGCUAACUUGGACAAGGUCAACUCCAACAGUCUAGACCUACCAACCUCCAGUGAAGUCCAUGCCGCCAAGAUCCCGGAUCUGCAUCCUCCAAGCUCAGCAGCGGGUGGUCCUCUCCCCACUUGCUUUGCUCCCAGCCCAGCACCCAUCCUCAAUAUUAACUCAGCCAGCUUCUCUCAGGGCCUGGAGCUUAUGAGUGGCUUCAACGUCCCCAAGGAACCCCGCAUGUACCCUAAGCUCUCUGGCUUGCACAGGAGUAUGGAGUCACUACAGAUGCCAAUGAGCCUGCCCAGUGCCUUCCCCAGCAGUACCCCUGCCCCCACCACACCUGUACCCCCUGCUGCACCCCCAGAGGAAGAAGCAGGGGAGCUGACCUGGAGUGGGAGCCCAAGAGCCGGGCAGUUGGAAAGUAAUCAGCGAGAUCGGAACACACUUCCCAAGAAGGGGCUCAGGUACCAGCUUCAAUCCCAGGAGGAGACCAAGGAGCGGCGGCACUCGCACACCAUUGGGGGGCUGCCAGAGUCAGACGACCAGUCAGAUCUGCCUUCACCGCCGGCCCUCUCCGUGUCUUUGAGUGCAAAGGGCCAGCUCACCAAUAUAGUGAGUCCCACUGCAGCCACCACGCCAAGAAUCACCCGCUCCAACAGCAUCCCCACCCACGAGGCGGCCUUCGAGCUAUACAGCACCUCCCAAAUGGGAAGCACCCUGUCCCUGGCCGAGAGACCCAAGGGGAUGAUUCGGUCAGGAUCCUUCCGAGACCCCACGGACGACGUUCAUGGCUCUGUGCUGUCCUUGGCUUCCAGUGCCUCCUCCACCUACUCUUCAGCCGAGGAGAGGAUGCAAUCUGAGCAAAUCCGGAAACUUAGAAGGGAGCUGGAAUCAUCACAGGAGAAAGUGGCCACACUGACAUCCCAGCUGUCUGCCAAUGCUAACCUGGUGGCCGCCUUCGAACAGAGCCUGGUAAACAUGACGUCCCGUCUGCGGCACCUUGCCGAGACAGCAGAGGAAAAGGACACAGAGCUGCUGGAUUUGCGAGAGACUAUAGAUUUCCUGAAGAAAAAGAACUCUGAGGCUCAGGCUGUCAUCCAAGGAGCUCUUAAUGGCACAGACGUCACACCCAAGGACCUUCGGAUCAAGAGACAAAACUCUUCAGACAGCAUUUCCAGUCUCAAUAGCAUCACCAGCCACUCCAGCAUUGGUAGCAGCAAAGAUGCUGAUGCUAAGAAGAAGAAGAAAAAGAGUUGGCUGCGUAGCUCCUUCAACAAAGCCUUUAGCAUCAAGAAGGGCCCCAAGUCAGCCUCCUCAUACUCUGACAUUGAGGAGAUUGCCACACCUGACUCGUCAGCCCCAUCUUCACCCAAACUUCAGCAUGGAUCCACUGAGACUGCCUCACCAUCCAUCAAGUCCUCCAACUCCUCCUCUGUGGGCAUUGACGUCACCGAGAUGUUCCAUGCCAACGAGGAAGAGGAGGAACCAGAGAAGAAAGAGGUAUCUGAGCUUCGCUCAGAGCUAUGGGAGAAAGAGAUGAAGCUCACAGAUAUCCGACUGGAAGCUCUCAACUCUGCCCACCAACUGGACCAGCUCCGGGAGACCAUGCAUAACAUGCAGCUGGAGGUGGACCUCCUAAAGGCAGAGAAUGACCGUCUGAAGGUGGCUCCAGGUCCCUCAUCUGGUUCAACACCGGGGCAGGCCCCCGGUUCAUCUGCUGCCUCAUCCCCACGUCGUUCCCUGGGUCUUGCCCUGGCCCAUUCCUUCAGUCCUAGCCUCACAGACACAGACCUGUCACCCAUGGAUGGCAUCAGCACCUGUAGCUCAAAGGAAGAAGUAACCCUACGAGUAGUAGUCCGAAUGCCACCUCAGCACAUCAUCAAAGGGGACUUGAAACAGCAGGAAUUCUUCCUGGGUUCGAGCAAGGUCAGUGGUAAAAUUGACUGGAAGAUGCUAGAUGAGGCCGUUUGCCAAGUGUUUAAGGACUACAUUACAAAGAUGGACCCAGCUUCUACACUGGGCUUGAGUACUGAGUCAGUCUAUGGCUACAGCAUCAGCCAUGUGAAGCGGGUACUAGAUUCGGAGCCCCCGGAGCUGCCACCGUGUCGUCGGGGUGUCAAUAGCAUCGCGGUCUCACUCAAAGGUCUAAAAGAGAAGUGUGUUGACAGCCUAGUGUUUGAAACACUGAUCCCCAAGCCCAUGAUGCAACACUACAUAAGCCUCCUUCUCAAGCACCGACGUCUCAUUCUCUCGGGCCCCAGUGGCACAGGCAAGACCUACCUAACCAAUCGGUUGGCUGAGUAUCUGGUGGAACGCUCAGGCCGAGAGGUCACAGAAGGCAUUGUCAGCACCUUCAACAUGCACCAGCAGUCAUGCAAGGACCUGCAAUUAUACCUCUCUAACCUGGCUAACCAGAUUGACCGGGAGACAGGCAUCGGGGAUGUGCCCCUGGUGAUUCUGCUGGAUGAUCUGAGCGAAGCAGGAUCCCUCAGUGAACUAGUCAAUGGAGCUCUUACCUGCAAAUACCACAAAUGCCCCUAUAUCAUAGGUACCACCAAUCAGCCUGUGAAGAUGACCCCUAACCAUGGCCUGCACUUGAGCUUCAGGAUGCUGACAUUUUCCAACAACGUGGAGCCAGCCAAUGGCUUCCUAGUGCGUUACCUGAGAAGGAAGCUGGUUGAGUCAGACAGUGAUAUCAAUGCCAACAAGGAAGAGCUUCUUCGAGUGCUGGACUGGGUGCCCAAGCUGUGGUACCAUCUCCAUACUUUCCUAGAGAAGCACAGCACUUCAGACUUCCUCAUAGGUCCAUGUUUUUUCUUAUCUUGUCCAAUUGGCAUUGAGGACUUUCGCACUUGGUUCAUUGACCUUUGGAACAAUUCCAUCAUUCCUUACCUGCAAGAAGGGGCCAAAGAUGGGAUCAAGGUCCAUGGACAGAAAGCAGCUUGGGAAGAUCCAGUAGAGUGGGUUCGAGACACCUUGCCUUGGCCCUCAGCCCAACAGGACCAAUCAAAGCUGUAUCACCUGCCUCCACCUAGUGUGGGCCCUCAUAGCACAGCCUCACCCCAGGAGGAGAGAACUGUCAAGGACAGCACCCCCAGUUCUCUAGACUCAGACCCUCUGAUGGCCAUGCUGCUGAAACUCCAAGAAGCUGCCAACUACAUUGAGUCUCCAGACAGAGAAACCAUCCUGGACCCAAACCUGCAGGCCUCCCUUUGAAGACCUAGCCACCAUUGUUGGCCCAGAGAGCAGAGUGAGCCGGCCUCAGCUAUGUCAGCCCUUCCUUCUCUUCUUUCAGAGAACCCAUCUACAGCCCAGAAAAGGGACCUGGAGAGAGUUGGUGGGAGGGGAGGGGCAGGUUUUCUGGUGCUGCACCUUUGAGGACUUCCUAGGGUUGGUGGGGUGGGGUAAGAGGAGCUUAUUCCUCUGGAUAAAAGACUGGCCUCCUCUCAAGACUUUGGGGAAAGAAGGAUUCUGGGAGGUUUUUUUUUCCUUGGUUUUCUGUCUCAAUUACAAACUCUUGGGCUUUAUAGGCAGGUGAAAAGGCAUCAGGAGAAACCUGCAGCAGUUCCUAGCCAAUUAUGGACAGUUGUGUGGGAGAUGGUCCUAUGAGGUGAAACCUGGGGCAAGGGGAGGCAGGAGCUCCCCAGAUUCUCUCCCAGCCUCUUCCCAACCCUACUGCCACUGCCAGCAGCUCUCCCUCAGAGACCUGGAUGGAGCCUAGAAAAAAAGAAGCAUGUGGUUAAAAAAAAUUUUUUUAAAUAAAGGUUUAAUUCUGUUGAUAAAGGGUUAAAAAUCAAAUGGAAAAGAUGAAGCUGGAGAGGGGACACAGUUGUCAAGGUAGAGAGAGAGCUGCCCACUCCCAUUCCCUGGAUGGCCCAGAGGAUGUCCUCAAGAUGGCUGUCAACACGAGCCCCACCAAGCCACAGACAACAUCCCCACAUCUGGCCCUGGGAGGACUGUUAGCUCUGUCUUUGUACCUUCUAAUUUAAUAUGCAUGAGGACAGCCAAUAAACCCUGCCUUUUAUUUUGUUUUUCUCCCACUUAUCUAUUUAUUUGUCCUUUCCCCUCAAAGACUAGUUGGUGCUUGGACUUCUUUCCAAGCUUUAGUGUGGAUUUUUCAGGAUGAGGGCUUUCUUUUGAAGGAUCUGAUGCUGUCCAACUGGAAGCAACUAAAUUUUCCUGCCAUGAUAUCCAGCUCCAGUGUCCUCACAGUUUAUGGGGAGGCCUGGAGCCAUGAAGAAGGACCAAGCCAGAGAACAAACUGGGGGGGUCUAGAUAUCCACCUUCCUUCUCUCAAGAAAGUACAAGCUCUAAACAGAAGCUUCGGGUCUAGUCCUAGAACAAUGGGAAGGGUCAAAUUCAUCAAGUUGGAUGCUCAGCACUGCUCUUCACCAUGAACUGUCCUCAAGGAAACCCUAUCCAGAGAACUGGAAGGAUAAUGAUCUUCUAUUAUAUAGUCCUGAUGGUUAUUAGGGGGCCUACCUGAGGCCAAUUUCCCCAGUUGACACUUGCUUGACUUCAGGCAGUGAAUUGUUCUUCAGGAGGAGAUCACAUCACCAACGCAGAAGAUCUACAGAGUCAACGCAGAAGAUCUACAGAGGUGGAGGGAGGAGAGGAAGGAACCAAUAUCCAUCACCUGAAGAGAUCUUCCCUGCUGAAGACACCCCCUUUCUCUGCUGCCCUAGAGGUUCUGAAAGGAUGAAGAAUCUGGAACCAAUUUGUACCCCUUCACCACAUGGGCCUUGGGGAGCCACCAGAGUCCAAAUUCUAAUUGCUUCCUAUGGGCCCCAGAGAGCCAGCUAGAAAAGAAGCCUCCAAUUGGAUCUAUGGUAUAUUGGGGCCAGAAGACCUAGAACCAAAGCCUGAAAGAUUGUGAGAUCAUGCCUCUCUCUUGUAUUGGCAAAUUCACUUCCUUCAUCUCUGAAAAACUCCAGGCGCACCAGAGCCCACGCUGCAGCUUCAUACCAUAGCCAGAGUUUCUGGGCUUUACACAUUUAUAUCCAUCCAAUAAAUAUUAUGCUUACAUGUCAGCGCGUAAAACAAUGGCCUUAGUGUUUAUCCUUCAGGCUCUGGAGAAACAAAAAGAAUUCACCUGAAUCAGGAGGGAUCCUAGCCUGGACAAUUCUCUCCUACCCCGACUCCAGACCCGAUGUUGUUCCAGGCAGCCUUCAAUAUUCAGCUCAGAUGCUUCACUGCUCCCAACAAAAGGCUCCUCUGCCCCUUCCCAUCCCCACAUUCACAUUCACACUGGUCAUCCCCCACGGGUUCCAGUGCUGAGACCCAUCUUUGCUCUUGCUGCUAAGUCCCUGAUCCAUGAAGACACCUGACCAACCCAGCUGUAAUUUAUGCAAUUCUGUAACGGGAAGAGGCUCUUUGUCCAAGGAUGGUGCUGAAAUCACUGCCUUAAAGACCUCUGCUGUGCAGAGAGUGGGAGGCCCCUGAGCUGGUUGUCCCAGCUCAGAAGAAAAGGGGAUAUGAGAUGGGCCUGGGGCUCCAGCAACAUGCCAAGGCUCAGCUAUCUAAUGAUGCCUAGUGCUGGUGGAAGGAGCACUUAGCGCCUUCUCUUCUGGUGCUGCUUAGCCAAUGCCUUCUGACCUGGAUUGUUACUGGCCAGUUGAGAGAAAGAAGAGAUGAGAUGCCUCCCUUUUUAUUUUAUUUUCCUGGUUCCAAAUGCCUGACAUCCCCCAAGGGAAGUUCAGGCUCCCCGGUAACCAUGGAGACAGCCCUGGAUUUCUUUUGGCUCCCUAACAGCUAGGGUCAUGAAGGCCUCUCUUGCUCUGACUUUCCAUCUCUGUUUCAUUCCUGGGAUCUGUGCCCCACCUCUGCUCUUGGUCUCCUGCUGCAUUUAGCCCAGGUCUCCUGCUGUCCUACCCUAGGGUGAGUGUUUCCCCCUACAAGGGGAGAGAUCUGACAUCCUCAGAAUUCUCUCAGGAACCUGGGACCCUGUUUACAGUUGCACAUCUGGGCCCCUCACUGGGAGGGAUCAAUCAUCUUGCAGAGAAAACUCAGACAUGGUGGCAGCUGCAAAAGGUUGAGCCUCCUCAUGGUGCUAUAACUCCCUGGGAUGCUCACCCCAGACUCUGCUGAAACAGAAAGAACUUGAUGUCUCCCUCACUGCCCAAGAGUACAUGAUAGGAGCAGACCCAAAACAUCCCUUCUAGCUAUGUCUCUACUCCCUUGCUCGGGUCAUAGAGAUCUUACCUUCAGCAGAGGAAAACGAGGUCCCCAAGGAGGACUCUGGUCCUCUGGCACCUUCAGAAGAUGCCAGCCUAUCUUGUCAAGGUUACCAUUCCUCCUCUUUCUUUUUCCUGGAAGCCUUGAUUUGGGUGGGAAAUUACAUAUGUGGUAUCUAUACCUACCACCUUCUUUGGGGGAGAGCCACAGUCCUGGGAGAGGUAACAUCUCCUCUGCUGUGGAUGCAAAUGGCCAACAAGUGGGAUGAUCCAGCUGUCUCUCUUUGCCCUGGGCUCCAAAAAUACAAUUCUAGGUCAGUAGGGGCUAGCCUGGGAUGUAUCUGUUUGCUGCUUUCCUGUAUUCUGAGACCUCAUCGAGGAGACUUUUCAGUGAAACCACAAAAUGUGCAGCUCUAAGGUGCUCAUUUCUCUGUCCUUAUGUAAAUGUGUGUGCUUGUAUCCUUGUCGUGUCAAUCCACCAUCAGGAAGCCACACAUGGAAUUAGAGAGUGGCAGGGAACAGGAAGCUGCUGAUGGUCUGGAAGUGACCCCUAUUGUAACCAGUUCAGUGCCAGAGUUCACUCUUAAAUUGUCAGAAUUCCCAGCACUCAAGCUAGGAUCCUUAGGGCCACUGAAGUUUUUUCUUACACUUUCUUCCCUUCUUCUGGUGAAUAAGUUCCCACAGAUUCAGAACGUUCCAUCCUUCCACCUCCAGAAGAAAUGUUGGUGUUUUCUGAGUAACCUAAGGGAUAAACUCUAUCUUGGCAGGCUCUCUGGGAGGAAAGAAAGACAAUAAUUUAAAACCAUGUCUUAAUUACACGACACUGAUCUCUAAAGGCUCAUUCCAUGGCAGCUCCAUCCAUUACUACCAUGAAAUUUUGCUCACUCUGUAGGAAGUAGGAGAACCUAGUUCUGGAAUCAAGGAGACUACAAUAUUGGACCCUGCACUUUAGCAUCCAAGGCAUUACCUACCUGGGGGACACUUUCUCAAUUUCUGUGUCCCCAUCACACAAUUAAAAUGAAGUCUCAUGAGAGGCUUGAGUAGGAUUUUGCAAGUGAUUUCCCAACUCCUCAUCAUCUUUGUCCUGGGUAUCCUGAGUCCCAUCUAGGCUAAAUAGUAAAAGGGACUCAAAAACACGCCUGCUGAUGAGUUAUUGAUUACUCUCUGAGAUCUUGAGCUGCUAGAAACAAGUGCCUGGUCAGAAGAUCCAGGAUACUAGUUCCCAGGCAUUAUAGCUAGGGUUCUGACUGGCAAAUUCAAUGUUGUAGCAACACUAGGAAGCCUUAGGAACUUAAUGAAGUGGUAGGAAAUGAGAAGGCAGAGGUCCUUCGAUAAUCAGAAGUGGAUCAGACAUGUAUAUCCCUGGAUCCACAGUCAACACAAGCACAUUAAACUAAUUAAAAAGACUGCCAACCCAAUUCUCCCUAUAGGGGCUUGUCUCCCACCCCCUUCACAGAAAGAAUUCCCACUAAGUGCCAGGAUUUCCAAGGAUCUUCCCAAGCAUGGCUGUGGCUCCCAGAAAAGGAAGACACAACUAUACAACUUGUUCAGUCAUCAAUCUGAAGAAAAUUUUUAAAAAAUGCACAAGGGUGAGGUGGCUUUCAGGGGACCAGGGGAAGCUGGAAAAGAGUUAGAAUUUGAGGCUGGGGAGACAGAUACUAGCUCUCCCACUUUCAGGGAGUUGGCUCCACAUCAUGGAGUUGCUUGUCCAUUUUGAGGAAAGCUUGUCCAUAACCCUCUGCUAUUUUGGAUAUAUUUUUACUUCCCAAUGUGCCAUGAAGAAUGUUGUGACACCAGGCUGGCCAUGGGGCUGAGAGAGGCGUAUGGGUGUCUAAUUCAGCUCUUUAGUAUUUUAGAGGGAACUGUGAGUACUACACAGUCCCCAUAUUGAGAGACUUAAGGACCUGCAGUGAGGAGGUCCAAGAUUCUAGUUCUGAAGCCACUUUUAUGCCAAUGGUGGCUGUUUCCCCAGAUCAUUUAUUUUCUUUUUUAAAGAAGAGGCUACAAGGCAAGAGAGUGAGUAUUUGUAACUGUCUCUGAUGAGUAUGAGUGGUCCAGACAGGAAUAAUGAUAGCCCUAAAAUGAAAUCUCUGAAAGGGGCCUUAGCCUCUUGACUCUGCCCUAGCCUUUUCUCUACUAUACCUACUCAGGGCCUUUUUCUGGUCCUAUGUUGCUAUAGGCUAGCAAAAACCCCAGAGGGCUAAUGUUUCUAUGAAGAUGGUCAUCUCUCACAACCUCUUAUCCCUUUUUCUUUUGGGGAUUUCAGAGAUUCAUGUUAGGGAGUGAGAAGGAGGGAGGUUUUGGCUAGACUCUCAUUACCCAGAACAGUUGGCUGAUCUAAAAGUUCCCCUUUUCCCAAACCUAGCCUUCUUUAAAGGCAUUCAGAGUAGUCUAAAGGAAUGGAGUCAACACCCCUCCAUCUUUUCUCCUCACACCAGAAACAGGAUGUGGUUCAGAUAAUUUGGUUGAAUUUGUUGGCUACAUUUUAUUUUGUUUUGAAAUCUGAAAAGAGUUUUUUAUUCCCAAUUUAAAGCUUUUUUUAGCUAAUAGGACCAUGAGAGAAAGGAAGCAAAUCAAAAGAUUUCCUCCAAGUAAAGAACUUCUAGCUAGGAGAUAGAAAGAUAUUCUUAGUCCUUCCAUUAAGCACCAGCUUGCUUUUUGAGCACUGGUGCUAACCAAGGGUCUGGAAAAAAGCUUUGAAGCCCUGAGAAUGGUGAACUUGGCAAAUUGCACUGAAAACACCUUUUUCUUUCCCAGAAGGCACAUGACAUGCCCUUGGGCCACCUCCCUUCCCUUGGGAGCUUCCUACUUCACUGCCACCUCUCUGAGGCUAGGGGGAAGGGAGUGAUUGGAUUAGAGUUCCCAGAAUCCCCAGCCAGUCUCUUGGGCUACUGCUGCGCAGUGGCUCCUCAUUUCCCAGUGUUAGCUUUUUUCUAGAACAAGAUAAAAACUUUUUUUAAUAAAUCCACCCUCCCACUAUACCCUAUCCUGUUUUAGACGGCAUUGAUUACGUGAUGGAAACUGUUUCUCAAAUGCAUGGUAUAUCUCAAGCAUAGGGCAAGUGGGAUGGGCCAGGGGACUUUUAUAACUUUUUUUUUUAAUUUACAAGGAGCAAAGCCCAAUCAACAGGUCCCCAGCUCCAUGUGUCUGUAUGUGUGUAUUUUCUCUCUCAUUUGCGCUCCUUUUAUUCCUUUCCUUCCACUUUCCUUUUUAUAUCUGAUGUAGAGAAAGCAACAUUGAACCUGGAAAGCAAAUUGAUGUAUAUAGUUGCGGUAACAAUCAUGAAAAGAGCUGGGCUGUCCCCAUAGCAACCUGUUUUUAAUAAGAAAUUGGUUAAAAAUCAAAUCCAUGCCAGGGCCAGCUGGAGAGGCCAUCACCACCAACAGCCUCACCCGGCUGCCCUCUCUCUACCCCAGGCAUGUCUCCUCCCAGCUAGAUUCAUCUGUCUGAUACCAUUUGAGUUUCAAUAAAGUUAUCUCCUGUAUUGUC